UUCCGCCUUUUUUCUUCCCUUUUUUCUGUCUUCUUCGUCCUUCUUAGACAGCAACUCGCGCCAGGUUUUCGGUCGGUUCUAUAAUCACAACAUACACAUACAUCAGACAAAAUGAAGUCGUUCACUAGGGUUCUCCGUCCCGCCGUCCGCAGGGCUCAGGCUGUUUCCGCUCCCAGACUUUCCAGGACUCCUGUCGUCCAAUGCGCUCGCACUCUUUCAACCACCUCCCCUCGCCGGGACAUUACCGACCUGCCGCCAACCCCCAUCACCCACUUCUCCGAGGUUGAGACCGCCAUGGCCGAGACUGUCCAGAAGUUCGCCAACGAUGUCAUUCUCUCCAAGGUCCGCGACAUGGAUGAGGCCGAGGCCAUGGACCCCUCCAUUGUCGAGCAGCUUUUCGAGCAGGGUAUCAUGGGUGUUGAGAUUCCUGAGGAGUAUGGCGGUGCCGGCAUGAACUUCACCGCCGCCAUUGUUGGUAUUGAGGAGCUCGCCCGCGUCGACCCCUCGGUAUCCGUCAUGGUCGAUGUCCACAACACCCUCGUCAACACCGCCGUCAUCCGCUGGGGCAGCGAGGCGCUCAAGAAGAAGUACCUCCCCAAGCUGGCCACCAACACCGUCGGCUCCUUCUGCUUGUCCGAGCCCGUUUCCGGCUCUGAUGCCUUCGCCCUCGCCACCCGCGCUGUCGAGACCGAGCACGGCUACAAGAUCAACGGCAGCAAGAUGUGGAUCACCAACAGCAUGGAGGCCGACUUCUUCAUCGUUUUCGCUAACAUCGACCCCAGCAAGGGCUACCGCGGCAUCACCGCCUUCAUCGUCGAGAAGGGCAUGAAGGGCUUCAGCAUCGCCAAGAAGGAGAAGAAGCUCGGCAUCAAGGCCUCCAGCACCUGCGUCCUCAACUUCGACGACGUCGAGGUCCCCAAGGAGAACCUCCUCGGCAAGGUCGGCGAGGGCUACAAGUACGCCAUCGGCAUCCUCAACGAGGGCCGCAUCGGCAUCGGCGCCCAGAUGACCGGUCUCGCGCUCGGCGCGUGGGAGAACGCGGUCAAGUACGUGUGGAACGACCGCAAGCAGUUCGGCCAGCUCGUCGGCGAGUUCCAGGGCAUGCAGCACCAGAUCGCCCAGUCGUACACCGAGAUCGCCGCCGCGCGCGCCCUCGUCUACAACGCCGCCCGCAAGAAGGAGGCCGGCGAGGAUUUCGUCAUGGACGCCGCCAUGGCCAAGCUAUACGCUUCCCAGGUCGCCGGCCGCGUCUCCGGCCUCGCUGUCGAGUGGAUGGGCGGCAUGGGCUUCGUCCGUGAGGGCCUUGCCGAGAAGUUCUUCCGUGAUAGCAAGAUUGGUGCCAUUUACGAGGGUACCAGCAACAUCCAGCUCAACACCAUUGCCAAGACUCUUCAGAAGCAGUACACUGCUUAAGAUGCCCGGGCGGUUUGACAGUCGAUGUGUGUUUUGGUAGUAGUUAUUAUAUAAGGAAGGAUGUGCAUGUACAUAUUGGUUAGGAUAUCAUGGAGUUAAGGGGAUGCCGAGUU